AUGAAUAAUGCUUUUGCGGGAAUAAAGCCAGAAAAACGUGAAGAUUUAUGCGGUGAGGAUAUCUAUGCAUGGCAUAUUCGUGUACGCAUUCCUCUCAAAGAACUUAAUUCGAGUGGCGCUAAAAGCAAUUAUCAUUACAAUUGCUUAUAUGCAUUUUAUUACAGAAACAAUAACGACGCUUUUCAUAGGUCAAUUCUUGAAAAGACGGAAACAAAUCAAAAAUUAGGUAUUGCUAAUCAAGAUAAAGAAAAUACCUACUAG